UAGUCGCAUUUGUGGGUCUGAUUCACGAUGAUUAGUGAGCAUGGCUCAUUGCUUUUGCGCUAUAAACUUGGCUGACCAAACUGCAAAGUCAUACAUCACAGUCAACUAACGGAAGGGCACGCACUCAACGCCGUCAACGGACGGUUCUCACUUCUCAGGGAGGGAAGACAAAGUACGAUUCCGAUCGAUGAACUCCCAAAGCUCGUCACGAGCUUUCAAAGUCCAAGAUUAACUGCGUCACGCGUGACGUCAUCAACCCCAGUGCUUAUAUAAUAACACUGGUCCAUCUACUCAGAUCGCCAGCUCGUAAUCAAUGGCGAACCGAUCAGUGGAAACAGAGCACGACGCCGUUUCGAGGCGAAGUAACCAAGGAGGAAUGAUCUUAGAUCUAAUGUUCAAAAGGCCUCUGCGGUGGCUAAGAAUGCUCGUCGAAGAGCUUCACUGGAGCUUCUUCUUCGGCGUGAUCGUCGUCUACGGCGUAAGCCAAGGGCUCGGCAAAGGGCUCAGCAAAGUCAGCACGCAGUACUACUUCAAAGACGAGCAGAUGAUACAGCCUUCUGAAGCUCAGGUCUACGUUGGUUUGAUUCAGGUUCCUUGGAUCAUUAAACCGGUUUGGGGUCUGUUGACCGAUGUUGUACCGGUUCUUGGUUACAGGAGGCGACCUUAUUUCAUUUUCGCUGGUGUGCUUAGUAUGGUGUCUAUGAUGGUGUUAUCUCUGCAUAAGAAUCUGCAGCUUGGACUGGCGUUGUCCUGUCUUGUGGCGGGAAGUGCUGGAGUUGCUAUAGCUGAUGUGACUAUUGAUGCUUGUGUGACACAGCUUAGCAUAAGCCAUCCUACGCUCGCUGCAGAUAUGCAGAGUCUGUGUGGUAUGAGUUCUUCUAUUGGAUCCUUGGUUGGUUUCUCCCUUAGUGGCGUUUUGGUUCACUUGUUUGGGUCCAAGGGUGUGUAUGGUUUACUUGGUAUGACUGCAGGAUUGACUGUUGUGGUUGGGUUGAUUUUGAAAGAAUCUCCUUCUCGUAGUCCAGGUGGCAAGCAUGUGAAUGAGAAGUUUAUAGAUGCCGGAAGUGCAAUAUGGAAAACUUUUCAAUAUGGUGAGGUGUGGCGCCCAUGCUUGUUCAUGUUGUUGUCAGCUGCAGUGAGCUUGCACAUUCAUGAAGGCAUGUUCUAUUGGUACACUGAUUCUAAGGAUGGGCCUUCCUUCUCUAAGGAAGCAGUUGGAUCCAUUAUGUCUUUUGGUGCAAUAGGCUCUCUCGUGGGCAUACUGCUUUAUCAGAACUUUCUGAAGAACUUCCCUUUCCGGAAUGUAGUCUUCUGGGCACUUUCCUUAUCAGUCCUGUCAGGAUUUCUCGACUUGAUCCUGGUCCUGCGCAUAAAUCUGAAGCUCGGUGUUCCUGAUUACUUCUUCAUUGUGGUAGAUGAGUUUGUUUCUCACAUGAUCAGUAGAAUCAAGUGGCUACCCUUACUUGUUCUCAGCUCCAAGCUCUGCCCUGCUGGUAUGGAGGGCACUUUCUUUGCUUUGCUCAUGUCUAUUGAACAUUUAGGACAUCUGUUGUCCUCAUGGGGUGGAGGAGUGUUGCUACACGCCUUGAAAGUUACACGUACUCAGUUUGAUAAUCUUUGGUUGGUUAUUGUGAUCAGGAGUUUGUUGAGAGUAAUUCCAAUUGGUUUGGUCUUUUUGAUACCUAACGUUGAUCCCAGCUCAACUAUUCUUCCUGCUGAUAUGUUGAUGAACCGAAGAAGUGAAGAUGUGGUUGAAACUGACAAGAUAGAGAUGACUGCUCUGUUAACUAAUGAAGCUUGAUCCAGAUUCUUAGACAAACCUGUCAAGUGGAUUCUCUUAGAUGUAUUUGUUUGUUCAUUGUAUGUUCAUCUGUUUUAGAUAAUUUUUUUAUAAGAGGAUUGUUUCUUACA